GCAUUGAAAAGCCUGAAACUGAUCAAACUCAAAACCCGAAUUGUACGGUUACACUCCAUCAUAACUCCGAGCUGCGAAGAGAAAUUAAUCGGAUCGCAUCUUGUUGGAUAUCCAUCCGCCUCUCCCGGAUCAAUCACUACCUUUACCUGGAAGGAUCAUAGAUGGCGGAAUCCAAACCGGCAAUGAGGAAACCGGUUUUCACCAAGGUGGAUCAGAUGAGACCUGGAACGAACGGGCACAACCUUGUGGUCAAGGUUGUAAGCUCGAAUAUGGUGUUACAGAAGGCGAGGCCAGAUGGGGCCCCGGUUCGUCCAAUGCGCAUUGCUGAGUCUCUGGUGGGAGAUGAAACUGGGACCAUUCUCUUCACUUCCAGGAAUGAGCAAGUGGAUUUAAUGAAGGAGGGCGCUACUUUAAUACUGAGAAAUGCUAAAAUUGACAUGUUUAAGGGGUCGAUGAGGCUUGCAGUGGACAAAUGGGGACGUAUUGAAGAGACAGAGCCCACUGAUUUCAAUGUCAAAGACGACAACAACCUUUCACUCAUUGAAUAUGAGUUGGUAAAUGCUGCUUAGGGGAUGUCUCAAUUGAAUCGGGCACGAUAAUGACUAUCACUCGUGUUCGCAUUUGGGAAGACAAAAUUUUGGAUAAUUAGAAAUGAAAGAGGCCUCCCUCAACGUGACCACUGCUUGGCACCCAAAUGCAAUAAAUGGACUUUGCUUGGAUAUGUCAAGGCAUGGAACGCUUUACAUUUUUCCAUAUCUAUAUCUAUAUAUAUAUCUAUAGGGAGUAAUACAAUGCAGUUUAAAUGGAUUGCCACAUAUUCUGGCAAUGUAGUUCCUUGGUGGGUUGUGACUUUUGAGUAGUGUGCUCUGUUCAGUUUUACAGUACUACUAACAAUGAUAAUGGAAAGGUCUUUUUUGACUUCUAUGGCACAUCAAACUUGUUCUCUCUUUCUUACUCUCAAUGAAGUUUUAGAUAAUAA